CAGCUGUCUAGCUAGCUAUUAAAAACUGUCUAGUCCGAGUACAUGAGAAUAGACUCAACUAGAUCGACUGCACACGUACACAAGACACUCCAGACUUGACUGCACAUACGGAAGCUCUCCACUCUCUACCUCUGGCUCCAAGACUAGGACUGUGACUGAUCUGCUCGAGGCAUCAGAGUAUAAUAAAGUAGCGGACAGAGCCAAUGGCAACAGCAUCUCCAGUAGCACGAGUUGCACUCGUUACAGGUGCAAAUCAAGGAAUAGGACUGGAAAUCGUCAGGCAACUAUGCAGGAAAUUUGAGGGUACAGUUCUUCUUGCAGCUCGCAAUGUGGACAAGGGUCAAAGUGCUGUGAUGGAGUUGAUGUCGGAGGGUCUUCAGCCAGUCUUCCUACCCCUGGAUGUGGACAGUGAGGAGAGCAUCCUGGCUGCAAAGGAAGCGGUGCAGAUAAGCUUUGGUCGCCUGGAUGUCCUCAUUAACAAUGCUGCAGUAAUGUUCAGAAAGUCAUCUGGAUUGUCACUUGCUGAUAGAGGCAAUCGGAGUAUAAUGACUAACUACCAUGGAGUACUUAAUGUAAUCAAUGCUUUCUGGCCUCUACUGCAGCCAGAUAGUAGGAUUGUCAAUAUGGGGAGUGGUCUUGGACGUAUAACACAUGUAUCGAAAGAAAUACAAGAAGAGAUACUUGCUCCUGAUUUGACCACUGAGAAACUCACCACGAUAAUGGACAGAUACGUUGGAGAUUGCCAACUCACAGAAGAAGAAUAUUCAACUAAGGGUUGGCCACCUGUCGAUGGAGAUUAUGGUGCUUACUCGGUUUCCAAAAUUGGUGUGAAUCGACUGACUGAGCUGUUUGCAGAGAAAAUAACAGCUGAUGCCAAUCAACCAGGAGUGCUAAUAAAUACAGUAAAGUGCAUCCUGGUUGGGUGAAGACACAAAUGGGAACUGAAGCUGCUCCUUUGGGUGUAGAAGAAGGUGCAGACAGUGCUGUGUAUUUAGCUCUAAUGCCACCAGGUGAAUUUGAACCUCAUGGGAAGUAUGUUCAGGAGAGAGGUGUUCGUGAUUGGAGAAUAUGUUGACCAUAAUUAUGAACUAUACUCACUUUUUUGCCACAAUAAUUAUCUUUCAGCAGGUACUGAAUGUGCAUUGAUUUAGUGUGGAGUUUGCAUUAUAUUAUACAUAAUUAUUAUACGUUGUGUACAAAAAACCUCUGUUUUGUUUCUUUUUGCUGUCAAAAGCAAAACCUAAAUUAUUACUAGUAA